AUGAAGACCAUCUAUACCGCUCUUGCGGUUCUCGCCGCCAGCGCUGAGCUCGCUUCCGCAACGUUCUUCGAUUCUUCCAAGUUCUCUUGCCCCGCCAACACGAACAAUGAGUGUAACCCCCAACAAUCCACCGGCUUCAACUGGGAUACCUUGAACCUUGGACCUUUCCAAAACUACGGAGACUUCUCUUUCUCUGGCUGGUCGUGUGCUGGUUCAUUCGGCUCUGGCAGAAAGCGAGAUGUUCUUACCGGACGUACAUUCCAAGACAAGUGCAUCACUGGCAAGGCUUCCCACGACAAGUCGAACUCCCCAUCUUUCGGCUGCGGCUCAUCCCAAUCCGUUAAGGAUUUCUCUGUCACCGAGUUCGAGGUUUCCGUUGAGUUUGACUGUGAGCUUGAAUUCCACUUCGAGAUGCCUGACAAGUCGUCCUGCAAGCAGAAGAGUCACUGCUCCAAGGGUGGAUCCAUUGUGAAGAACUCCCAGUGCGGUGGAGCCAAGAGUGUCACCGUCGUCUACCCACCUCAGACCAAGGGACCCGGAACUGGCAAGACUUCAUGCAACCUCGGUAUCCACAGCAUGAAAUUCGACUGUAGCCCUCCCUCUUCCACCAAGGUCUACUCCACCAAGGUCUACUCCACCAAGAGCACAUCAGUGGCAACCCCCCCAGCUACAACUCUUGCAACAACCACAUCCGUUCCCUUGACCUCUUCAUCGGUUGUCGUUGAAUCAUCGAGCUCUGCCGCCAGCUCUACUAGCUCAGUAAGCAUCCCAGAGACAACUCCAGUUCUCAGCAGCACCACUUCCACCUAUGGAUUCUUCAACACAUCCAGCAGCGUCGUUGUUCCAUCUUCUUCUGUCCCAGAAGCCAGUAGCAGCUCCAUUGUCGUUCUUACCUCAUCUUCAGCCGUUGGAACUACCUCUGCUCCAUCUUCUGCCGUUGAGACAACAUCUGCUUCGAUCAGUAGCUACACCUCCGUCGAUGUCGUUACUGUCAGCGUUUCCACUUCCACAACUGUCUGCCCAGUUACCCUCACCCACGUUACUGGAGGAACUACCUCAACUGUUCAGACCACAAUCUCCCACGUGACUGAGGGAACUACCAGCCUUGAGACCACAUCAGUCCCAUAUGUCACUGGAGGAACAACCAGCAUUGAGAUUGGCACAACCACAUCCACAAUCGUUUCUACAGUCACCUCGACCGUCUGCACUAAGUGCUCUGCUGCCAGCGUCACCGAGAUUGCCUCAACUACUUCAAGCGCCCAAGGCCCAAUCGAGACUGCUCCUUGCCCAGCCGUUCUCCCAUCUUGCUUGAACACCUGGUUGUUCUCCGAAGGAUGCUCUUCCAACACCGAUGCUGCAUGCUACUGCCCAUCUGCUGCCUUCGUCAAGAACGUCUUCGACUGUCUCUCCGCUCACGCUGCUGAUGAUAAUGAGAUCGCUGAGGCCCAGACCUACUUCCAGGGUAUUUGCGCACCACACAUCCCCCAGAACCCAGCUAUUGUCACUGGAGCAACCACUGCUCUUACAACCACUGCUGCACCAACUGCCUCAUCCGUCCCAGUUACAACCAUCCAGGUUUACACUACUCUCACCGUCCCAUGUGUCGAGUCCACCGGAAUCUCGUCCGGAUCCAUCAUCCCAUCCAGCUCGACCGUCACUCUUCUCUCCACCUACUUGACCGUUCCCCAAGUCAUCUUCACCACCGUCACUGGAUACUCAACCGUCUCCGCUAACCUCGUCCCCGGCACUCCAGCCAGCAACCCAGCAACCACCACCCCAGCUCAGGUCUACUCCACCGUCCCCAUCCCAACAGGAACCCUCUCUGUCUCCAAGACCGCAGCAGGAAACGUCUCUGCCACUGCCACACCAUCAACCAUCGUGUCCACCGGCAGCGGAGCCCAGAACGCCUUCGGACUCGGAGCCAGCUUCGCUGCUCUGAUCGUCGCUGUCUUGGCUCUGUAA